GCACUUUAAGGGCUAAUCAGCUUUGUUGCUUUUAUCCAUAUCAGAUUGAUUGAGAUGAUUUAUGAAAUUUAUAAACUAUAAAAGGGAUUUAAUUAAAUUAUUGAGGAUCUAAAAAUCUAUGUCAUUUUUAGUAGGAAGAAUUGUUAAUUAUUUAUUAUCCUGAAGAGAGAUAAAAAGUAAUAUUAGUUAGUGCAUAUAAAAUACAAAAACUAAAAAUCUAAACAAAAAAAUCAAAUAAAAGAAAGAAAAGAAACUAAAUAUUAUUAUAACUAAAUCAUCCAUCCAUAAAUUUUGAAGCUAAAAAUAAAUAAAAAAAAAAUAGUAAUGAGUGAAUAAGUUAAAGAAAUCAACACUGCCGCUGCUGCCAACGCUGAAACUUUAAGCCAAGGAUCUGCAGAAGGAUCUGCUGCCUCUACUAGCAAUUCCGAAAUCCCCAAUCCUAAGUACAAAACUGCUUUAUGCCGCAAUUAUCUUAAUUCUCAAUGCAAUCGUAACUCUGGUUGCCAUUUCGCUCAUGGUUCUGAAGAAUUACGUGCUGUUUCUGAGAAUUCUAAUUUCUUCGCUGAAGUAGAAAAAAGCAAUACUGAUUAUCUUAGCAAGUGGCCUUCUAAUAUUCCUACUAAUUACAAGACUACUCUUUGCAAGUUCUACGAAUAGGUUGGAACAUGUAAGUAUGACUAAAAUUGCAAUUUCGCUCAUGGCGACCACGAAAAAAGAAAUAUUCCUGAAACCAUUUAGAGCUAAUUGAAAAAUGCCAGAAACAGUCAUAAGCAUAUCAAUAAUAGCGCCGGCCACAGAAAUUAACAAUAAUUAGCUAUGUAAUAAUAUAUGUUAGGCACCCAAUACUUCUAGCAAUACUUCUUGCAAUAUGUUUUGUCAUAAUAAUAAAAUACCAUCUUGGAAAUGUGUAAUAAAAUAUUAGCUGACUCUAAGGAUGAAUAUACCUAAAAAAUUAUUGAUGAUAUUCACUAACUUGUAGAAUAGUAAAAAAUUAAACAAGCAUUAUCUUAAUUAAAAGUUCUCUGCAGCCGUAAAGAUGCUUCCAAUAAGAAAAAAGAAAUACUUAAGGACGUUGAAAAAUACUUACAAUCUCUCUGA